GUCGUCUGUCUGUCUCCUUCAGGUCCGCUUAAUUUUUCGACCUGCGCCUUCACCCUUGUGCACCACCACCACGCUCUCUUCUUCUCUGCUCGACUCCUCGCUGUCAUCACAAUGGCCGAUUCUGCCACCUCCGGGGCCGCCAUGCCGCCUCCUUCUGCCUCUGCUGGUGCGCCAGGCUAUGAUGCCGGUUCCCAGGGCCAGCAGCAACAGCACAUGCCCCCACCGCUUGCACCCGUCAUCAUCCCCCAGAACAACAACCCCAUUCCUACCGCCAUCAGCUCUCCCAUGAGCGCCAACGUCAUGUCGCCAACCAGCGGCGGCCCUGGCUACGUUCCCCGCCGCGCCGCCCCUGAACCAAACAAACGCGCCUUGUAUGUCGGCGGUCUGGAUCCACGUGUUACCGAAGAUGUUCUUAGGCAGAUCUUCGAGACUACUGGCCAUGUCCAGAGUGUCAAGAUCAUUCCCGACAAAAACUUCAACUCUAAGGGUUUCAACUACGGAUUCGUCGAAUUUGAUGACCCGGGCGCAGCUGAUCGUGCUAUGAACACGCUCAACGGUCGCCGGGUGCACAACAAUGAAAUCCGUGUCAACUGGGCCUACCAAGCUAACACAACAGCCAAAGAGGACACGUCCGGACAUUUCCACAUCUUUGUUGGUGAUUUGUCCAAUGAGGUCAACGAUGAAGUCCUUCUCCAGGCUUUUGGCACAUUCGGCGUCGUCUCUGAAGCGCGCGUCAUGUGGGAUAUGAAGACAGGCCGAUCCCGCGGAUACGGUUUCGUUGCUUUCCGCGACCGCGCCGACGCCGACCGGGCUCUCAGCUCCAUGGAUGGCGAAUGGCUUGGAUCUCGUGCCAUUCGUUGCAACUGGGCCAACCAAAAGGGCCAGCCUUCCAUCUCCCAGCAGCAAGCCAUGGCAUCCAUGGGCAUGACCCCGACCACCCCCUUCGGUCACCACCACUUCCCCACUCACGGUGUCCAGAGCUACGAGAUGGUCGUUCAGCAGACCCCUCAGUGGCAGACUACCUGCUACGUUGGCAAUCUCACCCCUUACACUGCGCAGUCUGAUCUAGUACCCCUGUUCCAGAACUUUGGAUACGUGACCGAAACUCGUUUCCAGUCCGACCGCGGGUUUGCAUUCAUCAAGAUGGAUACGCACGAGAACGCCGCCAUGGCCAUCUGUCAACUCAAUGGCUACAACGUCAAUGGCCGGCCUCUCAAGUGCAGCUGGGGCAAAGAUCGUCCGCCAACAGGUCAGUUUGAGGGCUACUCGCCAGCGGCUGCGCCCAACUCUGCUUUCCCGCAGACUCCAAGCACGUACUUUCCGCAAUACAAUGCGGGACCAGGGGGUCCCAUGUCACCCCAAGGUCCUAGCCCUGGCGGACAGCCCUUCGCCCAAAACCAGCAAGGCUUUGGCGGCCCCGGCAUGGCUCAGCCCUACCAGCAGAUGCCCCAGAGCGCUGGCGGAUACGGUCGCGGUCAACAGCCCCAGCAGCAAUGGGGCGGUCAGCCUGCCCAGGGCAGCUUCAACGGUCAGAACGGUUUCCAGGGCGGUUUCCAGGGCUAA